CAGAAUUCUUCAGUUGGUUCAAAAUAAUUGUGGGCUGUUUUAAUGAUAGCCCAACACCAAUCACACUUCAUAACCUAGCAAAUACAAAGGCAUUUCUCCGGCGAAUUUUCUCCACCUUCCGGCGGCAGACCCGAAGGAGAAUUUGACCAUCGUAGUUUUCUUGUUGCGAGAAUUUCGCUAGAGCAGUUGAGAAUUCCAACAAAUGGCUGCAUCUAAUUCUUCGAAACUGUUUCGACUUGGUCAUUCAUUGGUCGGUAAUCUCAGCAACAAUUUUCUUGGGACAAUCAGGCCAUCGUCCGAGAUGAUGUGCAAUGAUUUCUUAUAUCAGCAACAAAGGACAUUCAUACAGAUGAGGACCAAUCUCAAAGUGGUGGAUAAUUCAGGUGCAAAAAGAGUAAUGUGCAUACAGGCGUUGAAGGGGAAGAAAGGGGCGAGAUUGGGCGACACAAUAGUUGCAUCAGUAAAGGAAGCACAGCUAGGUGGAAAAGUGAAAAAAGGGGAGGUUCAUUAUGCUGUUGUAGUUCGAGCAGCAAUGCAGCGGGGUCGGUGCGAUGGGAGUGAAGUGAAGUUCGAUGACAAUGCUGUAGUACUUAUCAACAAGCAAGGUGAACCAAUAGGAACGAGAGUGUUUGGCCCUGUUCCUCAUGAGUUGAGAAAAAAGAAGCAUGUCAAGAUUCUUAGUCUAGCUGAGCAUAUUGCCUGAGUAUUUUGCUUUUAAGUUGAAUAAGGUUUUUUAUCUAUCGUUUGGGGGUUGGAACGAACUGCUCGAGUAACGGCUUGGUAGUUAAUGUCAUUUCUCGUCUUAAAUGUUGUCUGUUUCAAAGUAAGUAGAUAUUAUAAUUUACUGCUUUGUGGUUGUCAAAUCAUUCUGGUGCUACGUUAUUGUAAGCCUUGAAGCCAACUUCUUGUCCAAGUUGCAAAUGGUGCCUUUUAUUUUGAAGUCCCUUCUCUCUA